AUGCAGUCACCACCACCCGCCGCCGCCUCGAUGCCCUCACCCGUCUCCCAGCCUCUUGGCUCGCCUACCCUCAAGUCGCGCAAGAAGCGCUCACCAUAUGUCGCAAUUGCUUGCGGCGAACGGCCCUGCAAGCGCUGCCGCGACAGCGACAUCAUGUGUGUCUACGGUCGCGCAACACGCUUUCAGUCUACCGAUGAGACCUCGAAAUCGACCAAGUCAAAACGAGACUCGCAGCCCACAAAUGAUCCUCACAAACCCCGUGAGCGAGAUGCCUUUCGCGUCAAGAAACCGCCGCCCUCCGCACCGCCACGCACACAAAGCAAUGCAGAGACGACUGCCCAGACACGCCACGGCGCUUCCGACUACUACCUCCGCCUCGCCGAAAAGCGCCUCGGCGAUCUCAGCCCCGGCCCCGGCCGCUCACUCUUUGGCAGCGGCCGCCAGCAGCAGCUCAUGAUUGGCUCUCACAUUAUGCAGCAGCUCAUUGACCACCGCAAGACCGGCGCGCCUCCCGGCACCUUUGCGCCUCUCGACAAGGAGCUCUGGAUACGCAUCAUUGACAUUUACGAGGAAGAAGUCGCCCUGCAGUACCCAUUCCUCGACCUCGAGAAUCUGCGCCACAGAAUCAGAGCCGCCGCGCCGCCAAGCGAGAGCAACUCUGUCCCUCAAGACCAGGUUGCCGUCGAAGACAUCAUGUCGCUGGUUCUCUCCGUCGCCUCUAGUAUCGUCGACCCAGGAACCUUGACUGUCGCCAACAGCUUUGUCGAGUCCUUGUUUAGCGGCGCCCUGCUACGAACUCAGCUUGGCGCAGUCAACAAGACGGACCUGUCCAUUAUCAUCCUCGCUAGCAUUUUCUUUUUCCUUAAUGACAAGGAGAUGCUGGCGUGGAGAGCGAUUGGCAACGUCCUACGCUCAUUACACGAAAUCAUAGCGCAGAACACAGAAGACGCGCCCAACCCAACAACGCUGGACCAGCUCAAAGAUGUCGGCGAAAAGUUUUACUGGUCUGUAUACACUCUCGACCGUCGAUGGGGCUUUGGCACCGGCUUGCCAUUUUCGGUUCACGACUCCGACAUUCAUCGUCAGCCACAUUUCAAAGACGACUCCCUCUCAUCGACAUAUUUGAGACAGAUGAUUGAGUACAGCAUCAUCUCCGCCGAAGUCAGACGAUCCAUCCUCCAGCCGUCCACGUCACCAACCGCCACAGUCACUGCCCUAGCCGCCACGCGCAACCUGCUCGACUUUCAAGUGACCCAGUUUCAGAAGAACAUCCCCAAGCGGCUGCAGUUCCUCGGCCUGCAGGACAAGUUCGACCCGACGCGGGAGAAGCGCGGCGAGUAUCGUCUGCGUCUCGUCCUAUACCUGCGCUGCAACCAGAUGCGCAUCGUCAUCCACCGCAAGUCGGCCAUGUCGCUCGUCGGCGGCGGCUUCGACACCUCCACCACCAACGUGCUCGCCGAGACCUCGCAGGACACCAUCCGCGUGCUCAUCGCCCUCGCGCGCGAGACCGACAUUUACCACGCCCAGCAGCGCACCUUUAACCACUUCCUCGAGACCGCCCUCGCCUCCCUGCUGCUGCUGCUCUGCUACGCCGAGGCCGAGUACCGCGUCGGCUACCUCCCCGACGUCCUCGCCGCCAUGGAGCUCGUCCAGCACCUCUCCGUCCACUCCCCCGUCACCCGCGCCCUCAAGCAGAAGCUGCACCGCGUCCAGCACAUGAUCAAGGCCUUUCGCGUCUCCAACCACACCUCCGCCCAGCCCUCGCGCUCCGGCUCCGCCGUCCCCGACCAGUUUGCCGACCGCACCGCCGAAAUAGCGGUAGGCACGCCCACCGGCGGUGCCGUCCCGCCGCAGAUGCCCGUCUCCCUCGCCCCCGUCCUGGACGCCCAGCAGCAGCCCGUGUUCCCGCCCGCCGCGGCGCUCGCGGAGAUGGCCAUGGGCGGCGGCGGCGGCGGCGGCGGCGACGGCCCGUUCACCCCGGUCGGCGGCGGCGGCGUCCAGCCACAGCAGCAGGCCAGCUUUCAGAUCAGCCAGAUGAACACCCCGCAGCCCUACGACGACGGCGGCUUCGUCGGCGGCGGCGGCGCGGGGAGCAUGCACUCGCAGCAGUCGGCGAGCGACUCGACGUCUAUGAUGGACCUGGUGGCGGCGCACGACAUGGGCGACCUGCCGAACGACUUCUUCACCUCGCAGUUUACCGAUCUAGGCGACAUUCUUAAAGAUUACGACAAUUUUCGGUUUUGA